GUUCAGUCAGCAGAGUUGUAAAACAGUGAGCAGAAAGUUGGUUAAAAUGGCAGGACAGAAGUCCCUUUUGGAGUUGGAAAAUUUUAUUGCUGGUAAAUUUAUUCCCUGUAAUUCCCACAUAGAUUCCUAUGAUCCAUCUACAGGAGAGGUGUAUUGCAAAGUUCCAGAUAGUGACAAAGAAGAGAUAGAAGCAGCAGUCACGGCUGCUAGAGAGGCCUUUCCCCAUUGGUCAUCUACAAGUCCCCAGUACCGCUCUCAGGUCAUGAAUAAGUUGGCAGAUCUACUGGAACAAUCCCUGGAGGAUUUUGCACAAGCUGAAUCAAAAGACCAAGGGAAAACAAUCACAUUUGCCAGAACUGUGGACAUCCCGCGGGCUGUGUACAACUUUCGAUUCUUUGCCUCCUCAAUCCUUCACCACACCACGGAUGCCACUCAGAUGGAUUCCAUGGGCUGCAUGCACUAUACUGUGAGAAGUCCUGUUGGAAUUGCUGGCUUGAUUAGCCCUUGGAAUUUGCCACUUUAUUUGCUGACCUGGAAGAUUGCUCCAGCUAUUGCUGCUGGAAAUACAGUGAUCGCGAAGCCCAGUGAGAUGACAUCAGUGACUGCAUGGAUGCUGUGCAAGCUCUUACAUAAAGCAGGGAUCCCACCAGGCGUAGUGAAUAUUGUGUUUGGAACGGGGUCCAAAGCAGGAGAGGCCCUGGUUUCCCAUCCUGAAGUUCCACUGAUCUCAUUUACUGGGAGCACACUGACAGCGGAGCGGAUCAUGCUCAAGGGUGCCCCCCACUGCAAGAAAUUCUCUCUCGAGCUUGGGGGCAAGAAUCCUGCCAUCAUUUUUGAUGACGCCAAUUUGGGGGAGUGUAUUCCUACCACUGUCAAGUCCAGCUUUGCUAACCAGGGUGAAAUCUGCCUCUGUACGAGCAGAAUCUUUGUCCAAAGGAACAUUUAUGAUGAAUUUUUAGCAAGAUUUGUUGAAGCCACAAGAAAAUGGAAAGUUGGCUCCCCCUCUGACCCUACAAACAGCAUGGGAGCUCUGAUAAGCAAAGCCCACUUGGAGAAAGUUAGGAAUUAUAUAAAGAAGGCCCGUGCUGAAGGGGCAAAAAUUCUGUUUGGAGAGGGUGUGGAUAAUUUGAGCCUUCCACUAAGAAACAAAGGAGGCUAUUUCAUGCUUCCCACUGUGAUUGCUGACAUUAAGGAUGAAUCCUGUUGCAUGAAGGAAGAGAUAUUUGGUCCUGUUGUUUGUGUUGUUGCCUUUGAUACUGAAGAGGAAGUGAUUGAAAGAGCUAACAAUGUGAAGUAUGGCCUAGCAGCAACCAUAUGGUCUAAUAAUGUUGGAAGAAUUUGGCGAGUAUCUAAAAAGUUACAGUCAGGAUUGGUCUGGACUAACUGUUGGCUCAUCAGGGACCUGAAUCUUCCUUUUGGUGGAAUGAAAGCUUCAGGAAUUGGCAGAGAGGGAGCAAAGGACUCAUAUGACUUCUUUACUGAAGUAAAAACAAUUACUGUUAAAUACUGAUUUUUGCUAAUGGAAAAGUUGUUAUAGUGAAUAUCUUUUAAUAACAUGGUUACCAUAUAUUUGCAAAUAGAAAUAAUAGAAUUAAUUAAUUGAGGAUUAAGAGGGUCACAGAAGGUAAAUUGGACAAUUUUGAUUAUAUAAAAUUUAAAAAUUGUUGCACAAAGCCAAUGCAGCAAAAAUCAGACACAAAGCAGGUGAAUGGGGAAUUGUUUUGCAUCAAGUUUUUCUAAAAAAAAAAAAGGUCAUAUUUUGAAGAUUAUAUAAUAAAUUAACUCAAAUUUAUUAGAAUGAGGGCCCUCUUUCAAUUGAUAGAUAAAUAGGUAAAGAAUAUAAAUAGGUCCUUUUAAGAGGAAGAAAUUCAAUCUAUCAAUAGUCAUAUGAAAAAAAUUCUCCACAUCUCUAAUAAUUAGAGAAAUUAACAUUAAAGAAGCUCUGAAGAUCUAUCUCAUAUCUACCAGAUUUGCAAAGUUGACCAAAAAAAAGGAAAAUGACAAAUGCUGUAGAAGUUGUGGGAAGAUAGGUUCCUUAAUGCCCUAUUUGUGGACCUAUGAACUGGUAAAGCCAUUUUGGAAAGCAGUUUGGAACAGUGCCCCAGAAAUUGCUGAACUAUAACCCUUUGACCAAGCAAUACCACUAUGAAGUCUAAAAUCAAGAGAUUAAAUGAAAAAAGAACCUAUAUGUACAAUUUUUUUUUCAAUAGAAGCUCUUUUUAUGUGUGGCAAGGACCUGAAAACUAAGGGAGUUCUCAUCAGUAAGUGAAAAACUAAACAAAUUAUGCUAUAGGAAUGUAAUGGAAUACUAUUGUGCUUUAACAAAUAAUAAAGAAGAUAGUUUUAGAGAAGUCUUAAAAGGCUUGUUUAAACUAAUGCAGAAUAAAGUAAGCAGAAACAGAAAAUUUUGUACAGUAAUGAAAAUAUUAACAAAUAUAAGACAACCAUCUCUAAAAGACUUGGGAACUCUGAUCAAUGAAAUGACCAAUCACAAUUCCAGAGGACUCAUGAUGGAAUAUACUACCCACUUCCUCACAGAGAAAUGGUGAGAUGUGGCCUAUGGAGGAAUCUGUCUCUCUUGACUAUGCAUGUUUGUGAAAAGACUUUUGUUUUGUAUAUUGACUUAUGAACCAUUCCCCACCCCCUUUUAAAUUUUUUGUUAUAAGGGAUGUCUGUAGGAUGGUGUUAUAUUGGAAAACAAGUGAUAUGAAAACAAAAUAUUGCAAUAAAAUGGAUUUUGUUAUUCAAAAAA